GGGAACUAGCUGCUACACUAUCAGGAAACACAAGGGUGUUGGAGGCUCCUGUUACUGUGAAGAUCACGUACAAUACAGAUCACCGCAUUUGUCAGUAAAGCAGAAAAAUUAUUAUUAUAUCUGACAAAUUCAGUUACUGAAAAAGACAAUGUCUGACAAGACCAAGAACCAAACCUCAGACCUUCCUGAUGCACACGGAGACUGUACUGACGUGACACCUUCAGAUAGCUCAGCAGUUGUACAUGAAGAAGAACCGUACGUGUGUGAUCAGGUGAAGGCUGAGCAGGAUGAAGUUCCUAUAAAUACGGCUACAGGCCGUACUGAUGUGACGCCUACAGAUGGCUCAGCGGUUGAGCACGGAGGAGAAUCGUAUGUGUGUGAUCAGGUGAAGACUGAGGAGGAUAAAGUUCCUGUAAAUACGGCUACAGGGCGUCUAGAGGAAAACCCGGGCACUGGGCUAUUAAAUGUGAAGGAAGAGGAUGAGACCGAUGACAUGAAUAGUCAUCAGACUGAAAUACAUUGCUCCCUCCCUGCCGAUGAAGACAACGCUGAUAUAGUGAAAGUGGAAAUAACAGAAGAUCUGUUUGUGAGGCGUCAGCUGGGAGCCCUGGAUGAGGAAACCAGUGACAGCAUCAGCCCAUGCCAUAUGGAUGUGACGCCUACAGAUGGCUCAGCGGUUGAGCAUGGAGGAGAACCUUAUGUGAGUGAUCAGGUGAAGACUGAGGAGGAGGGAGUUCCUAUAAAUACGGCUACAGAUGAAUUCGCAAACUGCAGUAAUCCUAUUCAUGGUCAGACUGCAAAUGCUUCUUCCAGUCUCUUCAAAAAUCAAAGACGCCAUGUAGGAAAUCUAUGCUCUGAAUGUGGGAAAUGUUUCACAGAGAAAUCAUCUCUUUUUGACCAUCUAAAAAUUCAUACAGGAGAGAAAGCAUUUUCAUGUUCUGACUGUGGAAGAUGUUUUACUCAGAAAUCAAAUCUUAUUACGCAUCAGAAAAUUCACACAGGAGAAAAAGCAUUUUCAUGUUCUGACUGUGGAAAAUGUUUUACUCGGAAAUCAGAUCUUAUUAAGCAUCAGAAAAUUCAUCAAGAAGAAAAAGAAUUUUCAUGUUCUGAGUGUGGGAAAUGUUUUACUUUGAAACCAAAUCUUAUUAGGCAUCAGAAAAUUCAUACAGGAGAGAAAGCAUUUUCAUGUUCUAACUGUGGGAAAUGUUUUACUCAGAAAUCAGAUCUUAUUACACAUCAGAAAAUUCACACAGGAGAAAAAGCAUUUUCAUGUUCUGACUGUGGAAAAUGUUUUACUCGGAAAUCAGAUCUUAUUAGGCAUCAGAAAAUUCAUUCAGAAGAAAAAGCAUUUUCAUGUUCUGACUGUGGGAAAUGUUUUACUCUGAAACCAAAUCUUAUCAGGCAUCAGAAAAUUCAUACAGGAGAGAAAGCAUUUUCAUGUUCUGACUGUGGAAAAUGUUUUACUUGGAAAUCAGAUCUUAUUAGGCAUCAGAAAAUACACACAGAAGAGAAAGCAUUUUCUAAACGUGGGAAAUAUUUUACUCAGAAAUCAGACCUUAUUAACCAUAACAAAUUUCACACAGAAGAAAGGGAAUUUUCAUGUUCUGACUGUGGGGAAUGUUUUACUCAGAAAUCAAAUCUUAUUAUGCAUCACAAAAUUCACAAAGAAGAUAAUGCAUUUUAAAGUUCUGACUGUGGUAAAUGUUUUAUUAGGAAAUCCCAUCUGCUUAGGCAUCAUAAAAUUCACUCAGGAGAGAAAGCAUUUUCAUGUUCCCACUGUGGAAAAUGUUUUACUCAGAAAUCAAAUCUUAUUAUGUAUCACAAAAUUCACAAAGAAGAUAAUGCAUUUUAAUGUUCUGACUGUGGUAAAUGUUUUAUUCUGAAAUCCCAUCUGCUUAGGCAUCAUAAAAUUCACACAGGAAAGAAAUGAUUUUUAUGUUCUAAAUGUGAUAAAUAUUUUGCUCAGAAAUAAAAUCUUAUUAUUCAUCAUAAAAUAUAAUGGAGGGGCGGAGCUGACCAAUGAAGCUGCAGGACGUGUGCUACAGGAGCUCCUGCUUAAAAUAUAGAAUGUAUAAGCUUAUGUGUACAUAUAUCUAAAUUAUUUGAGAUCUGCAAUCAAGAUCCUUAAGAGAACCCUCUCUUUUUUUCCACUUUGAAGAAGUUUUGGAACUUUUUGCUGUGUUCACACUUUUGACCUAUGCUCUUCAAUAAGGCAACGAGGUUGCUAGUGGAUUUUAUGCUAACAUGGAUGCAACUAUUAUCUAAUUGAACCCGCUAUCCUUGGAAACCUAGGUAGCCAUGAAAACCCACAACCAGACUACUGGAUGCAGUAGCUAAAGCUUACUUUUGAUCAUUUUGUUCAGACUUGGCUUAUAUAGAGCCAAUAUGACUGCAAGAAUGCAAGAGUUUGAAGAUGCUGUAUAUGUGCUACUUGAGGAUCAUGUUAUGAAGCUAAACCAGCUUAUCGAUCAAUGUUUCCACGUAAGUCUGAAAGGUGUGCAAAACGCUAAUCGUAAUACCUCUACCACUUCCCUGUUCAAUGUACCCAUGAGGGAGAAAGUGUCCAUAUUUUCUAUGAUGCCGAUAUACCGACUGAGCAAGAAGAAUGCUUUAUCCUCUGCACAGCACCAAUAGAGCUAGGAGUCACCAUAUGUAAUGUUGACUAUUUGGAGGAGGGUCUGCCUAGUGGGCACUAUCAGUCUAUGCAAGACAAAGAAGGCGCCAAACUUUGAAGAUGUCCUAUACAUUCAAGUGCCUGCCCUGACAGAGAAAAUGCCCUUCAAACCCACUGAAGUCUCCUUGUGACGAGAAUUUUAUAUUUUUGUUGCUGAAAAAAAGUGUAUCUCUAAUUCCUCUACGUACAUGUCAGAGAUUAUCUUCAUAUCAUAUUCUAAGAAGAAAUCUCCUCAUUUAAUGGAUACUUCCUCAUUCUGGAAAUGGGAUUACUUGUCCCUACAGCACAGGAGAGUGAGAGUUGGCUGAAAAUUCGGGAGCUGCCGUUUUCCCAUUCAUCGGCUCGGAAAGAGUGCUGGGACUGCUACCACGUGGACCUGCUGGUAUAUCUUAAUGUGAACCCUGUAUACUUGUUUUAUUUCUAUUGUGAUCAAUGGGAACAAUAGAAGGUUUGAUAUCUUAAAGGUGUGCCAUGUUUUCCACAUUUUCCAAUUGAAAUUAUUAGAACACUAUUUGCUUCUUGUAAUUUUAUUGGCAUCUUGGCUUGUAUAAUCUGUACCUGCUAGUCCUAAAUAAAAUAUUUUCAUGUG